UUUCCAUGGGAACGCCUUCCCUCGGGUCCACGGCGCGGGGGUACCCGAACCCAUCCGCCCGCAGUGCGCACGCGCGGCCCGGCCUAGGCGCGCUCUCUUCCGCCCGGGGCCUGGCAGCAGCGAGAGAAGCCGGGACCGGGAUUUGGACCAGGCCCCUGACCCGGCCCAGCAUCACCCACUCUGCAUAUCCAGCGCUUGGGCCGAGGCCAUUCAAGGUUCAGCCAUGACAAGCUCUCCUGUCUCCAGGGUUGUAUACAAUGGGAAACGGAACAGCAGUCCUCGCUCUCCAAGCAAUAGCAGCGAGAUCUUCACUCCUGCUCAUGAGGAGAAUGUGCGCUUCAUCUAUGAAGCAUGGCAGUGUGUGGAACGCGAUCUUCGUAAUCAGAUGGCAGGUGGUGAGCGAGGACUUGUGGAAGAAUAUGUGGAGAAGAUGCCAAACCCCACUUUGAAGGCAUUCAAACCUGUUGACUUGAGUGACCUAAAGCGGCGGAAUACACAGGACGCUAAGAAAUCCUAAGUGGCUUGGUCUGGCCCAGCCCCAAGUGCUGGCUUGUGGCCACCGGUACAUGAAUUUGAUGACUUUGUGUUGGUUUCCUCCUUUGAUCUGGAUCACGCCUGGGGUUGGCUUUGAAUUUCCUAGGAAGGAUUGGCUUCUUGCUCCUCCUUCAGCAGGCAUAGGCAGCCUGCCUUCAUUCUACAGUUGGGCCCAGGAUUUCUCUUUUUCCUUAGUAAAUGACAUUUUGCUCUGGUAAUGAUUGAGAAGUUGAUAUGUGUCCCAUCUGAUUAGGAGUGUGGAAUAAGGCAGAAGAAUCGGGAGCAAUCAGGCCUACUCUCUCCCUAUAGUCAUCUCUCUCUCUUUUAUUAAAGAUUUUAGCACUAAAAGAUAGUAGAGAGGGAAAGGGGGGAAAGAAAGAGAAAGGAAGAAAAGAAAGCAAGAAAUGGAUUACUCCCAUUUGUCCUUUUACAUAUUACAACAGAUAUACAUAUUACAUAAUUAUUCAUGCCUCACUCUGUAAUAUUAAUGCAGUUUUUCUUUUUCUAAAAUGAAUUCCUCCUAAUUAACAAUACCAAAAGUUACUACGUAAUUUUCUUUUUUGCAAAAAGUCCAUAAGGGGUUUCCUAUUUGUCGCUAAUGACCUUUCUCUAAUCAGCAGGGCAGUUGGUCCAUUACAGCUAAAUAUAUCAGUUUCUCCCACAGACUCCUCCAUAAUAUUGAGUUCUUCCAUCUUUGAGUAUACAACGAUUUCUUCUGCCAUGGUCAUAUACUGGAGCAAUCUUCCAUAUGACUUUACACCUAAUAAUCCCAAAACAAGCAGUUCUGAUUUUAAUCAAGUGUUAGUCUUUAAAA